GGUUGCUCAUGCCACUGUUUUUGUUUACCUUACUUUUCUUUUAUCUCUCUGACAUCCUACCAGUAGAAUAAAACUGCUCUGAAAUAGGUUUUUUAUCAGUAGGAAAGCAUGAAUCAUGGCUAAGUUAUUUUUUUUUGGAGUAAUUUUUUGUUCAAUAUUAGUUUUUAUAAAAUGUGAUGAAUCUGAAAAAUGUAUUAUUCGAGAUGCUACAAACCCUUGUGUUUGCUACUUCGAAGACAACAGAAAAAUUGAUAUUUCUCGUUUAUUUCUAACUGAGAAAAACGCACCUGAAGGCAGAUUCUUGGAAACUGAUAUAAAAAACUACCGUUUCUUUUUCCAUGGAUGUACAUCUGCACAAUUCAAACCUUCAGAUUAUGAUAUUUUACCUUCUCAAUACAACAAAACAUUAACAGGUUCUUUGAUCGUAUCUCGUACAACAACAGACAAAAAAAAUGAAACAAAGACAAAUGUUGACGUUAUAGGAACCCCAGUUGACAUUGGAUAUAAUGUUUUAGCAAAUGAAGAAGAGCCAUAUGAACUAAUAUACAGAAACAAAAAUAAUAUUACAGCUGCAUUUCGAUUAAUAUGCACUCAUUUUAAAACAUCUUAUAUUCAAAUAAUAGGAGAUCCUGAAAGUGGGCAAUUCACACUCAAUUCUCCAUAUGCAUGUGUUAUUCAAGCCCCAGAUGAAACUAGUACAGGUGCAACGUUGUUAUUGAUAUUUCUUAUAACUUGCAUUAUCUAUUUUGUUGGUGGUGGUAGUUUAUUAUAUUUCAUGAGAGGCGCUAGAGGACUUGAAGUUAUCCCAAAUAUUGACUUCUGGAGAAAACUGCCAGGUUUAAUAAGAGAUGGUACACUCUUUCUCUUUGGUGGGUGUAAUACAAAUUACCUAUCAUCAUCAGAUGCGUAUGACCGAAUUUAAAAUUGAUUACCAAAGUUUACUGUGACUGAUUUUUUCCUAAAUGUACAAAUAUGAGAGCUGAAUAGAAAUUUUUAAGAAAUAUAUAAGUUUGGUAAUGUAUUGCUAGUAUGUAUAGAUUUCUUAAUGAUGUGAUCAGAAUAAACGUCCCCCAAUUUCGAAUAAA